CAGCGGCUUCAUUCAUAACAGAGCACGGUGCGUAAACCUGGUGGGCAUGUGCUGAAAGAGCGCACUCGAUCAAAUCUGACAGGCAGCAAUCGAUCAGCCAUUGGAGAUCGAACACAGGCCGAAGAGCUUAGCUACUUUUCCAGCUGUCCAGAAAAAACAAAGUUUUUCCUCCAUCACGAUGACGAACCCGGGAGGUCGGAGACUCAAGCAGUGGCUGAUGGAGCAGAUCCAGAGCGCGCAGUACCCGGGGCUGCAGUGGGAGAACGACGGCCACACCAUGUUUCGAAUUCCGUGGAAGCACGCCGGCAAACAGGAUUACAACCAAGAAGUGGACGCCUCUAUUUUUAAGGCCUGGGCUGUGUUCAAAGGCAAAUUCAAGGAAGGGGACAAGGCUGAACCUGCAACAUGGAAGACCAGACUCCGCUGCGCCCUGAAUAAAAGCCCCGACUUCGAGGAGGUGACGGAGCGAUCGCAGCUGGACAUCUCUGAGCCUUACAAAGUUUACCGCAUCGUGCCAGAGGACGAGCAGAAGCAUGGCAAGAGCUCAGCAAUGCCCAUGGCGGCCACCACCGGCUGCGACAUCACCGACAUGGACUGCAGCUCCGCAGAAAUAGAAGAGCUCAUUAAAGAGGAGGACUGUAGCAUCCAGGCCAGUCCGGAGUACUGGUCCCAGGGCAGCAUCACCAGUUUUCCACAGCAUCUGGAUCCGUUGCCGUCGGGUUCUCUGAGCUCAGCCUUCUCCCAAAUGAUGAUCAGUUUCUUCUACGGAGGGAAACUGACCCAGAACAUACUCGUCAGUCACCCCGAAGGCUGCAGAAUCUCCCCACAGCAGCACCUGGGCCGCGGCGCCCUCUACAGCUCGGACAGCAUGCAGAGCGUCCACUUCCCCCCCGCCGACCUCAUCGAGUUCGAGCGCCAGCGCCAGGUCACCCGGAAGCUCCUGGGUCACCUGGAGAGGGGCGUGUUGGUCCGAGCCAACCAGGAAGGCGUCUUCAUCAAACGCCUGUGCCAGAGCCGUGUCUUCUGGAGCGGGCUGGGGGAAAUGGGCUCCCAGUACAGCCCCCUGCCGGGCAAACUGGAGCGGGAUGCUGUAGUCAAGAUUUUUGACACCGGAAGGUUUCUUCAAGCUCUGCAGAUGUACCAGGAUGGGCAGUUUCCUGCUCCCGAUCCCACAGUGACUCUGUGUUUUGGAGAAGAGCUCCAUGACAUCAGCAAUGCCAAGAACAAACUGAUCAUCGUGCAGAUAACUGUGGUGAACUGCCAGCACCUGCUGGAAGCGGUGAACAUGCGUCGCUCUCAGCCGUACGGCAGCAACCCGACCCUGGAGAUGCCCGACGACGUGGCCAGCGACCAAAUGGCUCGGAUAUACCAGGACUUGUGCAGCUACAAUGGCCCCCAGAGGCCAGCCUGCUACAGGGACAAUAUGCCCAUCACCGCCUGAACUGUGAGCAGAACACGCCCAAGAGAGCGGCACAAGCCUUUGCAGUACAGAGCCUGACAGGAUGCACCCGUGCAAAUCCAGUUACAUGUGUUCACUUUUGUAAAUUAGUGAGAGACUUUAGCUUUAAACUGUAACGUAUCGUUUUUAUACUUUUACUCUCGGUCUCGGCAGACUGACAACAAAUGUAGCAAUUUAGUUCUCAAAAUGUAGACAUGCCUUUAAUGUCCUUGCAACAGAGUUGCUUUUUCAUGCUGGACAUCUUCAUAUCCAGACCAAAUAGAGAUUCGAUCACUUUGCUAUUUUGUCUGUUUUGCUAAAAAACACAUUGAAAUUUAGCGUCAAUGCGUCAUUACUUCAGAUAGGUUUUACUAUCACAGGUUGAGUUGACUUUUAUUUUAUAUUUUUAUAAACUCAGUUUCUAAUAAAGAUGUUUUACUUAAUUGUACAAA